CGUUUCGCCUUUUUGUUUGCUGUGAGACGGCCAUAUGUCUCAGAUAGUUUUUGAAUUCACUCAAGGAGAGUGACUGAGCGAGUGUAACUUUGCCUCUACUGUUUUGUUAUACUGAGCAUUUCUGGGUUUUGCCGUGUAAACUUGAGUAUAUCGGUGUCUCCGGUUCAGCACCACUGACCGCUGAACAGCUCUCCAGGCAUUGAGGAAUUAUACGCGUCCGCGAACUUCGACUGUUAAAUAUUCCAGACUUUGGACAGCUGAACUUGUGCAGUGAUGGAGUGCUCGGCUCUGAGCAGGGAAGGCGCUGGUCUGGCCAAACCGCCCAAGCAUCUCUGGAGGCAGCCCCGAACCCACAUCCGAAUCAAGCAGCGGUACCACUCCGACUCCGAGCGGUACCUGUGCUGUAACCGUGCCACGGAGAAUCACCGCCCAGGUCUGAAAAAGCCCCGAAUGUCCUGGCCGUCUUCUUUUAAUAAACGUUUCGAUGUGGAAAAUGGGAUGUCGAUCGGGCGCAGUCCAUUGGACCCCAGUCCAAGCUCAGGUCUGGUCCUCCAGGCCAACAGCCAGAGGCGAGAGUCUUUCCUUUACCGCUCGGACUCAGAUUUCGACCUCUCGCCCAAGACCAUGUCCAGAAACUCCUCAACCGCCAGCGAGCUUCAUGGGGAGGACAUGAUUGUAACGCCGUUUGCUCAGGUUCUUGCCAGUCUGCGUACAGUGAGGGGUAACGUUGCAGCUUUAACCCACAUGCAAGAUAGAAACAACAAGAGACUGUCAGGCACUAACCCUCAGUCGGCCUGUAAAACAAGCCUGUCCGAUGAGGCAUAUCAGAAACUCGCCGUCGAGACUCUUGAAGAGCUGGACUGGUGUUUGGACCAGCUAGAGACCCUGCAAACACGUCACUCCGUCAGUGAAAUGGCCUCCAAUAAGUUUAAAAGAAUGCUCAACAGGGAACUUACUCAGCUGUCAGAGACCAGCCGGUCAGGAAACCAAGUGUCGGAGUUCAUAGCAAGCACAAUUUUACAAAAACAGCAUGAUGUGGAGAUUUUGUCAGCAGCGUGUAAGGAGGAGAAAAAACGCCGUCCGAUGUCUCAGAUAAGUGGAGUGAGAAAACUGAGCCCCAGUCCGAGUCUCCCUCCAACAUGCAUCCCUCGAUUUGGUGUCAACACACAACAUGAGAGCCUCUUGGCCGAGGAGCUUGAGGACAUCAAUCGAUGGGGUAUAGAUAUUUUUAAGAUAGCAGAGUAUUCUGGGAAUCGGCCACUGACGGUCAUAAUGUACACCAUUUUUCAGGAGCGAGAUUUGCUCAAGACCUUUAAGAUCCCAUCGGACACCUUCUUAACUUUCCUCAUGACUUUGGAGGAUCACUACCAUGUGGACAUGGCCUACCAUAACAAUAUCCACGCAGCAGAUGUUGUGCAGUCCACACACGUUCUUCUCUCCACACCUGCCCUAGAGGAUGUGUUCACAGACCUUGAGAUCAUGGCUGCUCUGUUUGCAAGUGCUAUUCAUGAUGUGGACCAUCCAGGAGUGUCUAACCAGUUCCUUAUUAACACAAACUCUGAACUGGCUCUCAUGUAUAAUGAUGCCUCAGUGUUGGAGAAUCAUCACUUGGCUGUGGGCUUCAAGCUUCUCCAGGAGGAGAACUGUGAUAUCUUCCGCAACCUCAGCAAGAAACAACGACAGUCCCUGCGACAGAUGACUAUAGAUAUGGUAUUAGCCACUGAUAUGUCCAAACACAUGAAUUUCCUGGCUGACCUGAAGACAAUGGUGGAAACUAAAAAAGUGACCAGUCUGGGAGUCUUGCUGCUGGACAACUACUCAGACCGGAUACAGGUGCUUCAGAAUAUGGUUCACUGCGCUGACCUCAGCAACCCCACGAAACCCCUGGAGCUCUACAGAGAGUGGACAGACCGCAUCAUGGUGGAGCUCUUCAGACAGGGGGACCGUGAACGUGACAAGGGCAUAGAAAUCAGCCCCAUGUGUGACAAACACACAGCUUCUGUGGAAAAAACGCAGGUGGGGUUCAUCGAUUACAUUGUCCAUCCUCUAUGGGAGACAUGGGCUGAUCUGGUCCAUCCAGAUGCUCAGGACAUUCUAGAUACAUUAGAGGACAACCGCGAAUGGUAUCAGAGCAUGAUCCCACGCAGCCCGUCGCCCACCCCGGAAGAGCAGGACUCACGGGCCACGCUGGGCGUCGCAGGCUCAGCCGGAGAAAAGUUCCAGUUUGAGCUGACUCUGGAGGAAGAGGACGGGGAGCUAAAGGCUGAAGAAGAGCACACGGAUGCAGACAGAUCAAGGACUAUGACAGACCCCAGGCAUCCGCAAGCGUCCCCUCGCGGAGUCACACGCAUUUUAGACAGCAGCGAAAGAGAACUGGACCAAGAAAUGACCAGCGUAUCCAUCCUGCAGUAGGAAACUUAACAAGGCCCAGUACUAAGAGUGCUGCUUCACUUGUGUUUCUUAGUUGCACUUACCAAUAAUUUGGGGUUGAGUAGAACAACCAUACACUAAAAACUAAAAACACAACAGACCCACGGUUUAUUUGACCAAAUAAGCCUGUGUUUUAAAGCUAGAUUUGUGUCCCAGACACAACCUUUUGUGAAAGCACUGAGGCCGAAGGUGUAGAUGAAUGUUUUCGUGCUCUCAUGUGAGAGUCGCAUGGAGAAACAUAAGUCUUCCCUUGAGUGACUGUCCGUGCCAGCUGCAGAGGAAAGCUGAUUUACUCAUUAUGUGAACUUUUUUUCCUCUCGACUCUAGGAUAUUUAUUACCUUGAACCUUUUUAAUAACGGAUAACUUAAUGCUUUUGCUUUUUUGCCACUGAGAAAUAACUUAGUUGAAUGAAACGGGACAGCUGCGAGAAAUAUUUAAGGCAAGACACCACAGGUGAAAAGAGUAAAAAAAAAAA